CCAGUGGACUGCUCACAUGAGUUCACGACUUCUAGACAGAAACACACAGAAGUCCUCAAAGCCCACGCUGGGAAGGUGUGGACUCCACGAACAGAGAAUCAGUUACCUGGGCGUGUCGUCGUGUUCGUGCAGGCGAGUUUCAACACUUUCUUCCUGUUUUAUCCAGCUAAUUGUCAGUCUACUUUGGAGGGUGAAGUUACAAGAAGACGGCGGAGGGACAAGUCGAGGAACAAAGAAACACGGAGAAUUUAACAGCAGCGGAACCAAAAGCAAAAGAAUUUAACCAGCCUGCGUGUGUGACUGAGAACAUGACAGCAUCCAAAACCUGCUGACAGCUCCUCGUCAGAAGAUGCAACCAGGGGGUCCCCCGGCUCCACCUCCACCACCACCUCCUCCUCCACCACCACCUCCUCCCCCUGGCCUCCCUCCAUCUACACAUGGCACAGGCCUAUUUGGAAAGGGGGGGCAUAGGAGCUCCAGGAUGCGUAAUUUUAACUGGGAAACUCUUCCCAAACACAGUGUGAUAGGAAAGCACAACAUCUGGACAGCUGACAAAACUGAUGACGAGUAUGAGCUGGAUACGGAUAACAUGGAGAAGCUGUUCAGCCGCAAGCAGGCCCAGCAACAACCCAAGGCCCUGAACCGCCAGAGUCUGAGAGGUCUGCCUAAUGCUGCCUCAGGAGGGGACAUGGUUUCCAUCCUCAGCUCCAAGAGGAGCAUGAACAUUGGAAUUUUCCUGAAGCAAUUCAAGCGGCCUGUGCAAGACUUGAUUGAAGACAUUAAAUCAGGAAAUAGUCGCAACUUUGCCUCGGGAAAACUGAGGGAGCUAUGCAAGAUGCUGCCGGAUGAAGGCGAGGUGAAGCAGCUAGUGGAUUUCAAGCUCAAGCCCUCGGCUCUCCCUGAAGCGGAUCUGUUCAUGCUGAUGCUGGUCAAGACGUCCAGUUAUGAAGAGCGUCUCAGCAGCUUGGUGCUCAAAGAGGAAUUUUUCCCUCUCAUGGAUGAAAUCAGAGGCUUCAUUGGUACUCUGACAGCUGCAGGAACAGAGCUGUUGGAGUCUGAUAAUCUACAUUCUGUCAUUCGCCUGGUGUUGAAGACUGGAAACUUCAUGAAUGCUGGUGGCUAUGCAGGGAGUGCAAUUGGCUUCCGAAUGGCUUCCCUGUUGAAGUUAGCAGACACCAAGGCAAACAAACCUGGAAUGAAUCUUAUGCAUUAUGUUGUGAUGGCAACUCAGAAGGCAGACGUGGCUCUGCUUGAAUUUCCAGAACAACUCCAACACAUUGAAGCAGCAGCAAGAAUAAAUAAAGGCGAAAUUGAAGCAGAGUUCAGAAAACAGGAAAAGAACGUAGAAAAAGCCAAAGCAGACACACUGAAGCAGGAAGACUUAAAGGCACAAAUGGAACAAUUUCUUAAGGAGGCUGAGGUCUGCUUGGCAGAAAUAGAGACUGAUCUUCAGGAAAUGCAGGCCUUGAGUGACUCUGUGGCAGAGUACUUCUGUGAAGACCCAAACAAGUUCAGACUGGAGGAGUGCUGCUCCAUUUUCCACUCCUUUUGUGAGAAAUUUAUGCGAGCCAUGCAGGAAAACAAGUCUCGGGAGGUGGCAGAGGUUCAGAGGAGACACAGAGACAGACUGCAGUGUGCUGCCAAGCGCAGGUCUACAGCUACCUGCUCCAGUAGAGACAAGGAAUUGGAUGGAGGUGCAUUAGAGUCUAUACUAGUACAGACCUCCUUAUUCAAACGUGUCUCUCGGAGGAGAAGCGGCAGGCCCACAUCCACUCAUGGAAGCCCCACAAGCGGCAGCCCCAUCAAUGGCAGCCUAUCGGAAAUCAUCUCUCAGGCUAACCUCCUUGCUGACGAUCAAAAGAAGGGAGGGCUUUUAAGAGUGCCAGAGGUAGGCAGGAAAAAGUGGAUCUCGGCUGUGGAACUUACGGAGAACUCUUCACAAAAUCAAAUCCAGCCCAUUGGUGAGGACAACAAAGAAAAGAGUGGCAUUCCUCAUGAAGAGGAGAUGAAAACAUCCAGAAAAGAGGACUCCAAGUCUUUUACACACCCUGCCAAUAGGACAACCACCAAUUCCUCCUCAGGCAGGCCAUUGUCAGCCACAACUGAAGAUGAGGAAGAUCUACAGGACAAUAAUGAAGAGGAGGCCCAGAAGUUACGUGAAGCAUCUAGAAAAGUUUUGCGUUUUCAGAACAGCCGUGGCAGUGUCUCAUCUGGGGAAUAUUCUCUGGAAAAUCUGAAAUCUCCUGGUCCACGAACCAAAUUGCUUCGUCAAAGAACGGUUGACGAGGACACCGAUAGGUAUCCUGGAGACCCAACCAAUGCGGAUUUAGUUCGGUUUUUAUUCAAUACUCAACCAUCAUCUAUACGUGACCUUGGCCGCCGCCAUACUCUACCUUCCAAAGUGCCUAAAACCGAGGGGAAUGAAGACAAUGUGUCAGCUCUGCAUCCAGUCAGAUCUCCUAAAUCUGCCAAAAUGGAGAAAGAGACACUGGCUACAGAGGGUGCUGGAAACAAUUCCACAAAACAAGUGUUUGACUUUAUUGAUCAAUCUCAUGACUUUGAAAAAUCUGGGGAGCAAGACCAGAAUCCUCCUUCAGUGGCAAUGAAAAGUGAAACAAAUGUCUCUGUAGCCCAUGUCCCAGGUGAAGGGCAGGGGGAGAAAUGCCAAGAGGGAAAAUCAACGGAGCCCAAAGACAACCACGUGCAAAAAAGUAGUGAAAAUGUUCCACCGAAGAGUACAUGGAUUAAGACUGAAACCACUGGAUUAUUUUUUAACUUUUUUAAACGCCUUGGAGAUAUGAGCAAACAGACAAACAGCAAGGAAACUGUCCAGAAUGGCACUGAUUCCAGUGUGUAGGUUUUUAAAGACAUUCAUUUGAAAGUCAGGGAGGCACAUCUAACUUUAGUUUUACUUGUAUUUAACUCACCAAAGCUACAUUGUAGGGUUUUAUUUAAUGUUAUUUUGGUAAAUUGUUAUCAGGGUUGUUAGGAAGUGAUGGAAGGUUAAAGGAAAGUGUUGAAGGAAAUAUUGACGUGGAAAGGCAAUUUAGCUUUUAACCACUAGAUGGCAGAUUGAAACCGUACCAUGGUAAUCUGUUGCUCAGGAAAGAGGUGUGUUGUUUAACUCAGGCAGUCUGCACACGGUCUUGUAAAUAAUGGAUAAAACUUACGACCACAUUUUUUUCCUUAUUUCCUUGACGAGGCAUUAUUCUCUUCAGUUUUACUAAUGGGUUAAUACUGACUGUGCAUUCUUUGUCUGAUAAACAACCUUGCAGAAUGUCUUGAGAAAGUAAGUGGAUGUUGAAUGUGAUAAGGGAGCAGAGAGAAGUCGAACUGUAAAGUUAAGGAUUGAUUGUUACUUUUGAUUAAAUAUAGUUGAUUGCAUUAUUGUUAAAUGUCAAGGUAUAUGCUCAAUGCCUUUGUUUUUGCCUCUUUGUUUUUAUUUCUCUAUUGAUGUCACUCAAUGAAGUUGUGGAUGCUUUCAGGUCUUUCUCAAUUCAGCCAUUGUUUUUGGCUUAAAUGGGUCAGUGUUACAAAGGCAGCCUGUUGAGGGCAGAGCUGAACCGUGGACGCUUGAUGGCAAAUUGAAGGGUAUUAACUUUAGAGGAGAUUGCUGUAAUUGAAGGCCCAACACCUGGUGGCUUAGGUGAUGGAAGAACAAGCUUACCUAAAUUUUCACUUGCAGCCAGACGGGCAGCAACACAAACUGUUCAUCAAGCCACACGGGUCACCAAGGCCACAGCUUGUGCCAAUAGCAGACGUUCAAGAUGUAAGCUGACCUACUGGCAUUUUUUUGAGCAGUUAAGUAGAGUCACAAUCAUCAACUUUUAGGACCAUGUCCAGUUAUCUGACUGAAUUUUAAAAGUGAGGAAAUGAAAAUGACCUGAAAUGAUCUGCCUGUAACGAUCUGACACUUUUUUCAUCACUUUGUAAGGAAUUGGUUAUAAGACAGAGAUGUAUAGCCACUACAUUGAAAUAAAUAGUAUUGUCCCUAAUAUGUUCAACAUCUUACUGUUGUUAUUUAAACUCUAUUCAUUAGGCUGGUAAAAAAAAGAUUAAAGAACAUGUACAAAUAUGUAACUGCAACACGCUGAGCUGUACAGGUUAUUGUAACCCUAACAUAAAACACCAGUGGUGUUUCUUAAUGACAGACUAUAACAGAGUGUGUAGAAGUGUCGUUUAAGACAAGGGGUGUGUUUCGUUAUUGAUGAGACCCAAGAUGUAUUGAUGAAACAGCAUGAAAAAUUGACAGUUUCAGAAAGCCUUAAUGUGAUGAAUGCCUUUAGCAUAUUAACAUUAUACAAGCAGCUGUAAAGUUACAUUUAUUAGGAGGCCUGUUUUAAAGUGACAGCGCAUUCAUAUGGAGCUACUAAAGCCUUUACCUUGUUGGAUUAUUUGUAUUGUCACAUCUUUGUUCAAAAAGAGAAUAUACACCCACAACGUGUGAUGGAAAAGAGAUUCUUGCAUCUGUAAUAGUUCGUGGGUAUACGACUCGACAGUGUGUGUUAUUUUACCUGCUGCUGCUGCUGCCACACUGCAGCAGCCAUCUUGACUAAAAUACGAUGGAAGCAGUUGCCAUGGCAACUCCACAUUGCAGAAUAAGACCCAGAGAUGACUGUGUCUCCCCAAGCCCCACCCCCCAACAAACUCCCCGACGCCUGCAGCACAACGGCAGUCUCACAAAGUGUAUUCACAUUAUAUUACAGUGGCAUCCUUUUCUCUGUCAGUCCCCCCUCAUUAAUCUUUACCUUGAGCCUUUAUUGACCCAUCCCCCACUCCCCUGUUAGAACCACAAACGACUGAAAGAUUCUGCUUUUUUCUUUAAUCAUCUUUCCUUUUAAUCAUUUGUCCUUGCUAGCUACAGCCCUCACUAUUACAAGUCCCAGCUGAAUUAUCAAGUGCCCUGACCCCCACCCAAUACAACCACCUGACUCCACUCUAAAUAUCAGAAUUAACUCAAUCACAUCUAGCAGGACUAAAGGUUUAACAUAGAAAUGAGCAAUUCUCUGUUUUCUGUAAAAAGAAAGAGCCCAGUUGCAUAAAAACCGGCCUCAUGGUUCUUAAAAAGAGAGAAUACAAUUUUAAAAUUGAAUGUGAGACUGUUUAUUUUUUUUUAUUAUUAUUGCCUCAUUGUAUUAUUUAGCAGUUUUUUCCCCUUUGUAUUCACCUCCCAUUCUUCUUCCCAGCCUUAUAAUUCAAAGCUUUAAGAAAA